CGUCCGUAUUUUUUACCUUGAACCAGGAAGUAACGUGUUACAAUUGUCCGUAGACAUUUGAAGAACACAACAAUGGGCUGACCGAGGAGAAUCUAAACUGAAAAAUGGAGAAGUAUUUUGUACUGUGCCUUUUACUGUAUGCUAGCGCUGGCUGUUUUGCUGACGACCUCACUUACUUGAACGGGUUUUACUCCAAAACGCCUCAGAGGUUGUCCAAGUACAGCUGGUUCGGGAAUGUUCGGCUCCAUCACUUCAGGGUACCGGAGGAUGCGGUGCUCGUGCGGUGGCUGCUUACGGUCUCACGGGGAUCCGGACUCAACUGUGGCAACCAAAACAUCACUGUGCACUUUAGGGCAGGAGCGCCCCCAGUAAUUAACCCUAUUCAGACAGCCUUUCCGAACUCUACAUCAGCUUCUCUUGCUCACAAUUUGACGCUGAUCGUUCCCAGUGGACAAAGUUCUAACGUGACACUGUUCAAUGUGACGUACCCCAAAUCAGGAGACUGGUUCCUCGCUGCACACCUGCCUAAAGACGAUGGCAAGAUUGAGCAGCAGGGACUGCCGUCUUGCUCGUACUUAUUCCAGGCGCAGAUGUUUUCAAGAAGAGCCUCUGACCUGCCAAUCUUGCAGAACAACAUUCCUCUCUCUCAAACACUUACUGCAUCUCCAGCUCUUUUUAAGGUUUUUGUUCCUGAAUUUUCCUCCAGAUUGGAUGUUUUUCUCUCAAACUGUUCUGGAAAUAUGGGAAAUUAUUGCGGGCUUUCAAUCACUAUCGGCUCCAGCACUUUGCGACAGGGUUCAGAGGUGAAACAGAACUGUUCAGGCUUAAAGAUCUGCUCUGCAUCGGUCCUCAUUCCUCCGUGGAACACAUGGUUACUGGUUACAAUUGAGACCAAUCAACCAAACACCUCAGUACCUUUCUACAUCUCUGCCAAUGUCACAGUUGGUUGUAAACCCCUCAGCGUCUCUUCAGAUUUCAAUGCUGCAGCCUUCAUUCGUACCAUCAUUGCUCCACAAAGCAACAGCUCUGGUGUUUUUGGUAACUCAUCUGCUUCAGCGAAGGACCAGUCAGGUCUUCGUUCUAACAGCUCUGAACCAGUGUGCAUGAGAAGCCCGUCAGUGUUCAGAGAUGAGCAGGAUGUGCUUUCUUUACGAUACAUUGUGUCCGGCAACAACCUCACUGUGACCUCUGACCUUCCAACUGUGCUCACACUCGAGCACUCACCUGGAGACAGUGGAGGAACGCUUGUUGUACAGCUCCAGCUGAAUACUAGUUCUCUGGUUGGUGGAUUUGCUCGUGUGAAAGCAUGUCUCACACCUUCUGCUCCUGUGCUUCAACUCAACCGCAGCCAGACUUGUGCUACAGGAUUCGCACAGGGUUACACUCUAAAUGUGAGCAGCAGUGAAUCAAACGCUCUGUUGAGGAUUCCCUUCCCAGAUGCAGAAGAUUGGUACCUCAGCCUUCAGACCAUGUGCAAUGACAGUGUUGACUGCAGGAACGCAUCGGCUACAGUGAGUGCAUCUGUGAGUGUUAGCGCCUGCAUUGACGAGUGCGGGUCGUAUGGAGAGUGCAGACUUCUGCGCACAUACAACUACCUUUACGGUGCAUGUGUGUGCAAAGCAGGAUGGCAGGGAUGGGGAUGUACGGAUGGAGUGUCUGCGCUCUCGUAUACUCGACAGAUGACUGCAGCUCUGCUUCUCACCCUCAGUAACUUUUUCUUCAUCCCACCCAUCAUCGUAGCACUUUACAGAGGAUACCUCAUCGAGGCCGCCAUCUACUUAUUUACCAUGUUUUUCUCCACGUUUUACCAUGCGUGUGAUCAGCCCGGUGUGACCGUCAUGUGUAUCAUGGACUACGACACCCUCCAGUUCUGCGAUUUCUUGGGUUCUGUCGUGUCUGUGUGGGUGACCAUUGUAUGCAUGGCACGGCUUCAGGAGCCAAUAAAAUACCUGUUGUUUAUGAUGGGGACUCUGGUCAUUUCCAUGGCGAUGCAGUUGGACCGCAGGGGUCUGUGGAACCUUCUGGGUCCUGUCCUGUUUGCUCUGGUCAUUAUGGUCUCUUCUUGGGUUUAUCGAGGUGUGAAACGUCAUCAAUGUUACCCUCCAUUAUGGCGCCGCUGGGUUUUGUUCCUGCUGCCGGGCAUCGUGUCCGCUCUGAUCGGAGUGUGUGUGUACGUCUUCGCUCAGACCGACAGCAACUACUACUACACACACUCCAUAUGGCAUGUCAUGGUGGCCACAAGUGUAGUCUUCCUCCUGCCGCCACGAGAGAAGCACAUUCCCCCCUGGGGCUGGACCAACAAAAUCUGCAGCUACAGCAGGUGCAAAAAUGAGAAAGUGGAGCUUUACACUGUCACCUAAACACACUGCUAUUGAGAACGAUGUGGAGAUUCAUCCGCAAUUUUUACAAAACCAAGCAACUAGCUUUAAGUAUCACGAUCAAGCUUUACAUUCACCAGAAUGAUUUACAUGUAGGUUCACAAAUACUUUAAGGAAUAGGUUAUGCAGAACUCCUUUUUCAGUUUAUUCAAACCCAUAAACUAAAACAGGAGAUUUUCACAAUGAUUUUAUAAAUCAUUUAGGCCACUUUAAUGGUGCUGUUUUGAUGAAUGAAUACUUCUCCAUUGUGUUUCAGGGAGAAAAAUAACUGCAUGGUAGAGGUGUGUGAUAUUUAUCGUCUACAAAAGUAAUUGUAGAUUAAGGAUGUGCAAACUUACACUAGUUGAGUUAUAUCACAAAACACAAGAGUGACGUUUAUUACGUGCUUGAGAGUGUUCACAAAAUUCACCCAAUAAUUCAAAUUGACUCACUGUUUGCUCUCCCUCAAGUGGUUCCAUAGCUUUAUGAGACUCUGUCUGUUGAAUGCAAAAGAAGAUAUUUUGAAGAAUGUGUAAUGUGUAUUUAUAUAUGUUUGGCCAGACACCCAAUACCCCCAAAGUGCUUCACAAUCAUGUCUCUCCACUCCACCACCAGUGUGUAGCAUCCUCUUGGAUGAUGCAAUGGCAGCCACAACAAAACGGCGCCAGUGCGCUUAGCACACACCAGCUAUAAGCAGAAUGAAGAGACGGUGAUAGAGCCAAUUUGGUGGAUGGGGAUGAUGGGGAGGUCAUGAUGGGUAAGAGCCAAUGGAGGGAAUUUUGCCACUACCUACUCUUUUACGAGAAGUGCUAUGGGAUUUUUAAUAACCUCAAAGAGUCAAGACCUCGCUUUAACGUUUCAUCCGAAAGACGGUGCUUACUGACAGUAUCUUCACUUCUACUGGGGCAUCAGGUCUCACAGAGACCACAGUUUGAGCGCCCCCUGCUGGCCUAACUAACAUCACCUCCAACAGCAACCUAGUUUUCCUAUGUGGUCUCCCGUCCAGGUACUGACCAGGCUCAGUUCUACUUAGCUUCAGUGAGUAACCGGGCUUGGGCUGCAGGGUGAUAUGGCUGUGGCUAUGAUAAUAAAGAAUGUUCAAAACCUGUAACCAUUGAUUUCCAUAGUAGGAAAAACAAAUGCCAUGGAAGUCGUUAAUUACAGGUUUUCAGCAUUCUUCAAAACAUCUUCUUUAGCGUUCAACAUAUUGGUAAAGAUCUGAAAGUAAAUGAUGACAGAAUUGUUAUUAUUUUAUGUGAAUUAUCCCUUAAAUUUAAUUAAACAAUUCAACAAACUAGAGAUUCAUAUUGUGCAAGUUAUAUUUUACACACAAUUUUAACAAUAAUGUAGAAGCAGAACAUUUGUACAUUUUUAGAGCAAUGUUUCCUGUUUCAUUUCUGAAUGAAUCAGUUUUUUAAAUGAAUCACUUGAAUCAUCAAUUAGUCGCUUGCUUUGUUUCUAAAUGAAUCGCUGUUUUGAAUCGCUAAGGUCUUUGCACACUAAGUCCGAUGCAUAUUAUUUAAUCCAUUCCGAAAAAAUGCGAAACAUUUCACAGUCAACAAGCAGUAACUACAUUUUAAUAGAUGGCAGUUGCAUUGACAUGUCGAAGCAAUGGACCGAAAGCGGACCAUGCUUUCAAUUAUAAUGUCUAUGGGCAGUACGUCAAAUGUAUAGACACACACUCACAGCAGCAGGGCAGAGGUGCACCAGUCACUGAAUCCAGUCACAGGUUUUCAACUGUCUGACUUUAUGCACUUUGUCAUAACGUUAUCUGGAGCUCCAAUGACGGCUUUCUGUAUUUAGCUUUUCGCUUGUACAACGGCUCUAAACUGUCAAAACACUUCUCAAAUCGCUUUUUUGGAUGCGAAUAGUGAAAAAAAUCGAGCCUGGUUCGUUUUUUUAUAAAGGACAAUAGUUUCAGAGUCGGUGUGACAAUAUAAUUGACCACGUGAGGUCGAAUUUAUUUUUUAACAUUAGAAAAUUAUUGACGAAAAAAUUGAAUUCAGGGUGCAAAAACCUCCAUAAUUAAUGAAUCAUUCAUAAUGACACUUACUGUCAUCUACUGAUUUUAGUAACUUUGUUUAAAGUAUCUUAUUUGUAUCCAUGAAAAGCAUAAAACCAGAAAAGAUAUCAUCACAUAUAAACGCACUUCAAAAAAUCCAACAUAAUUCUUUUAUUUCUUUAUUUUUUUAAUGUUUAUUUGUGCUUUUCGCGUUUUAUAAAACGACAACAAAAUACAGAAGAGAAAAAAAAUCAAUAAUAAUACAUACAAAAUACAAUAAAAAUAAAAAAAACACUAAAAUCCAACACAAUUCUUGAGAUAAAUGUCACACACCCUUACUGUGUACAGGUUUGACAUAAUUCCAUCAAUGUCAUGUCUGAGUGAAAUAUUGCUUUAAACAUGAUUCCUCUACACUUUCUAACUAGUGUUUAAAUAAGCAAAUUCACAGAGAGCACCGACAAUAAGUCAGUUAACAACAGUCAAAGAGAAACAUAAUGAAUGUCUUUACUCCAUUAAGCACUUUAGUUGAAAUGAGGUCUUUAGUUUACAGCAAAGAAUCUGUUUAUCAAAUUGAGCAUGUCAAUUACAUCAGAAAUUGUUUUUAAGGACUAUUAAAGUCAUGCUAACUCCUUUAGAGAAAAAAACACUACUGAUUUAUGAGUUUAUUCAGCUUUUCGAAUCAUUUGAAGACCAACACAAGAUCGUUUCUGUAGAUUUCGAGGUAAAAUGUUCUUUUAUUUAACACUAGUGUAUUAGUUUGUUAUAUUUAUAAAUGCGUCACACACUUUAUAGGUCCGUGUUUGACACUGAUUUCUCCUACAGUUACCAAAACGUACACACUCUCACACACACACACACACACACAUAUAUAUAUAGAUGUUAUUAGUUAUUUAGAAAAAACGUGGGCAUUUUUGUUAGCACUAAGGACUGUUGUCAGUAUCUCUGAGCUUGUGUUUUGCUCACACACACAGUCACACACACACUGGAGAACUUGUAAAAUAGUUCCUAAUUUAAUACACCGUUUUUUAUACCUCUGUCAGGAAUGUACAAGAAAAUACCUCCCUUCUUCCUCCCUAAAAAGCCUUUUAUUUUAUUUGUAAAUUUUCUAAGACGUGCUGUUGCUUUUUCAAGAGGGAGGAUGUUUUACGCUUGAUUAAAACUGCGCUUGCGAAGGUAAUAUUGCGCUUCUGGAUGCCAAUUUGAAUGGCUGCGUCUCCUUAAUAGGCUAACGCAGUGUUUCUCAACCACAUUCCUGGAGAACCAUAUGCUCUGCACAUUUUCCGGGUCUGAUUCUGAUCAUCAGCUCAUUAGCAAAGACUGAAAGACCUGAAAUGGGUGUGACAAAGGAGACAUGUAGUGCUGAUGGUUCAUCAGGAAAGUGGUUGAGAAACACUGGGCUAAUGAUGCGUGUGUGUGUUUGGAAUGGGAAUCUGACGUAUUGAAGAUGACCAUAUGUAUUGGUCGAGGCUUUAUGCAUAAUACUGUACUUCUGACCCUCAGGCCAGUUGAAACUUGAAGAUAUAUCUGUAGACGUACUUUUUUGUGGUUGACAUUUAUACUGCGAUGUCCUUUAUUGCUCAUAUCUAUGUACAACAGUAAAAAAUGAUCAUUUAACUGUUAUUUAAUCAGAUUUUUAAGGUGUUAAAUUGGGGUCAAAAUGUAACACAAGUAUGUUUUACACGGUUUUAUAUUGAUUUUUAUAUUGGAAUGACAAAUCACAAGUAAGUGUGAGCUAAACCACUGUUUGUAUUGGUUUUGUUUGUUAUAAUCUGUGAGUCACAAACACACACACGAAAAGUCUUUUCAUAUGUGAUUUAGUUUUGAUGUACACUACCUGACAAAAGUCUUGUCGUCUAGCCAGGUUUUAGGAACAACAAAUAAUAACAUGACUUCUAGUUGAUGAUUUGGUAUCAGAAGUGGCGUAUAUGAAAGUCAAAGGCCUCUAGAUUACGCUAAUUUUAGCUAAAUUAAUUAUGAUCAGGCCUUGAUUAUUAAUUAUUUAAUUAGGACAGUAAG